GAGGACCGGAGCCGCAUGCCCUACACUGACGCCGUGAUCCACGAGGUGCAGCGCUUCGGCGACCUGCUCCCCGUGGGGAUCCCGCACGCGGUGACCUGGGACACCCACUUUAGGGGUUUCCUGCUUCCAGAGGGCACCAACGUGCUCCCGCUGCUGUUCUCUGUCCACAACGACCCCGCCCAGUUCAAAGACCCGGCCACAUUUGACCCGGUCCAUUUCCUGGACCCGAGCGGAGGCUUCCGGAAGCAUGACGCCUUCAUGGCCUUCUCCGCAGGGAAGCGGGUGUGCCUGGGCGAGGGCUUGGCCCGCAUGGAGCUCUUCCUCUUGUUCACCACCAUCCUGCAGCGCUUCGUCCUCACACCCCUCGUCCGCCCGGAGGACAUCGACAUCUCGCCCCUGAUGAGCGGCCUGGGGAAUGUGCCACGCCCCUACAAGUUCCGGGCUGUCCCUCGCUGA